AGAAUUGGGGGGACUUUGGGUCUGGGGUCUCCCCUCACUCGGGGGGUCCCGGGGGGGGUCUUUUCCUGCCCUCAGAAGACCAUCCCAGACUGUGCCCCCACCGGGUUCAUCGAGAGGAUCAACUGCCCCACGUCCCAACGGGAGGAGUUCAAGAGUUGCCGCUCGGCGGCGCUGGAGUCGCGGCGGUUCUGGCGUUUCGUGGGCUCGGCUCUGGCCGUGGCGGCGGCGGCCGCGGCGCUCGUGGUGCUCCGGCAACGGGAGCUCGACCGCCGGGCCCGGGAGAAGGUCCGCAAGCAGAUCGAGUCCAUCUAGGCACGGCCGGGAUCCGGAGGGGCCGGGAACCCCGCCGGGAAUCCUGCCGGGAUCUGCACCGGGAACGUCCUCGGGGAGCGUCGCAGGGGGUUCCCCCCGGCACGGGGGGGUCCCUGGGAGCGGGAUUGGGAAUAAAUCCUGGUCCUUGU